GGAGUCAAAAAACUUCCCACCAUCUGCCCAGUCAAUGUCUCUUCGCCACCUGGAGAGCUUUUGCUUACUCAUCGGAAGCUUCCGGGCGAGCUAAUUAUGCUACACCCAAAUCCCUUGCUCUCUCUCUCUCUCUCUGUCUCUCUGGCGACGAUACUCCUUCGAUCUAUCUCUUCUCACAAUUCUCGUUUCUCGGCCCUGAGCGUUCUCAGAUUCUCAAUGGCUGCUACAACCAUCGCCUUCACCGCCGCCGGCGCUCCAGCGAAACUCUCCCGAUUCUCUCGCCUCCACCUCUGCCCCCCGCUCUCCGCCUCUCUCCGAUUGCCUCGCCGAUUCACGACCUCCUUCGUUUCCUCUGGUAAAUCAGGAGUGAGAGCUGAGGUUGCAGCGGUGGAGAAAUCGAGUGUAGACGUUGCUCGGAAUGUGGAAGCUCCUGUUGUUGUCGUCACCGGAGCUUCUAGAGGCAUCGGCAAGGCCAUUGCUUUGACUCUCGGCAAAGCUGGUUGUAAGGUCCUCGUAAACUAUGCAAGGUCAUCAAAGGAGGCUGAAGAAGUUUCCAAGGAGAUUGAGGCAUGUGGCGGUCAAGCUCUUACAUUUGGGGGUGACGUUUCAAAAGAAGAAGACGUAGAAUCGAUGAUUAAAACUGUGGUUGAUGCAUGGGGAACAGUUGAUGUCUUGAUAAAUAAUGCAGGAAUAACACGCGACGGGUUAUUGAUGAGAAUGAAAAAGCCCCAAUGGCAGGAGGUUAUUGAUCUGAAUCUUACUGGCAUAUUUCUCUGCACACAGGCUGCAGCCAAAAUUAUGAUGAAAAAGAGAAAGGGAAGAAUAAUCAAUAUAGCAUCUGUUGUUGGUCUGGUUGGCAAUGCUGGACAAGCCAACUACAGUGCUGCAAAAGCCGGGGUAAUUGGCUUUACAAAGAGUGUUGCAAAGGAAUAUGCAAGCAGGAAAAUUAAUGUUAAUGCUGUGGCUCCUGGGUUUAUUGCCUCUGAUAUGACUGCCAAGCUUGGAGAAGACGUAGAGAAGAAAAUCUUGGAGACUAUCCCCUUAGGGCGAUAUGGCCAACCUGAAGAAGUUGCUGGAAUGGUGGAAUUCUUGGCACUUAAUCCAGCUGCCAGUUACAUUACUGGGCAGGUCUUUACCAUUGAUGGAGGAAUGGUAAUGUAGAUGGCCGAGUCCCAAACUCGAGUCUUGCCGACUUCAUCUCACUGAAAAAUUGACUGAAAAGAGGCCUUUUAAUCAAAAUUUCAUUCUGGAUGGUUUGUAGCAGUAGUUGAGAAGCGGAACAGGAAAAUUUUGUUUUUUGUUUGUUUUCCAAUUAUAUAGUUGAGGAAUGGCAGUAUACGACCAUACUUGGGUGCGUUCUAAAACAAAA